UUUACUAUGCCUCAAAGUGUAAAAUACGUUCACUCCAAGAUUUUAAAACCAGUGUGCUUCUUUCCAUGCAAAUCCCCACUGUUUUCAAAGUGACCAUGUUCAUUGUUUACCCCCUUCUUGAUUUCUUGGUAUAAAUACUUUGUUUCCUUUUAACAUUUUUCCAUCAGGGUCCAGCUCCAAUUGAGCUUUUUUCCCCUUUUUACUCUCUUCUCAAUCUCCCAAAACUAAAAGUUAUCAACUUUACUACUAGUAAGAAAUUAUGGCUGAUCAACAAGUAAAGCAAGUAUCAUCAUACAGGAAUGGAUCAUCAAAGAAGAAGAACAACAUUUCAAGAAAGUGUGCUUCCUUGAUUAAAGAACAAAGAGCCCGGAUUUACAUUCUCCGUAGAUGUGCCACUAUGCUUCUCUGUUGGUAUAUUCAAGGGGAUGAAUGAGUUCAUCCAUCAUCAAUCCCCAAAUCAACUACCACUACUUCUUCAAUUAAACGUACAACCCCUACUCUACAUAGUCUACCUUGUAUCCGUAUGUGCUUUCCCCUUUUUGGCUCCACCCAUCAUUUCCACGUGCUUGAUCAUGAAAAAGAAUCGGGACGUGUUGAAGAUAUAAUUAAGUAAAUAAAUGUGUACUCUCUCGAGAUAGUCACACACUUCAACACGGCUACCUACUCAGGCACUUGGUCGUAUUGCUCCUGUUUGUCUUCCAUAGUUUCUUAGAAGUCCCUAGUUACUCUUGUCAUUUUGAUCGUGUACCACUUCACAUUUUUUACCCAAACUCUAUUGGGUUUUUUUGGUCCAUGAACAAAUUACAGGGGAGAUGGUCACUUUGAAACAGAGGUUUUUGGACAAACAGGGGACAAAAAUUGGAUGGGGAAGCUGAUAAGAGGGCAUUUCCAAGCAUAUGGUGGACACAAAGUUGUUCUAUAUAAUCUGAAAGCCUAUUUUGAUGUAACAAGUGUAAUGCAAUCCACCUGACUUUUCUAGUAUGUUUAAUUUGGAGCAAAUAAAUAUCGACAAUUGAAUAGUAAUUCAAUAAGUGUAACACAUCCAUAGUGAUGUGCUAGCAUGUUUACUACUAGUAAUAAGGAGGGCCGCGAUGGCAGCCCUUAAUGGAAUAAAAGGAAGGGAUUGUAUGUUUAGCCGUCUUUUGUGUGAUGAUAUUGUAAUUCAAUAUUACUUUUUUUGUUA